CACUGAGGUCAUUUGGAAAGAAACCCGGCCAUUCUUUUCUUGUUCAGCAUUUGCUGCUCAUUAGUGGAGUCAACUGCUUGUGUCUAGAGACUACGGAGACUGUUUUCUUUAAACAAGGGAUUUCUCUUCACCAAAACGUCUCCUGCAGAUAUGACUUCUAAUUCCAAUUUAUCCAACAUGCGACGCUUGGUAGAACAACUGAAGCUUGAAGCCAGUGUGGAAAGAAUCAAGGUGUCUCAGGCGGCUGCAGAGCUUCAACAGUAUUGCCUGCAGAAUGCAGGUAAAGAUGCCCUUCUGGUUGGCGUCCCUACAGGCAGCAACCCCUUCAGAGAGCCACGUUCCUGUGCUGUGGUAUGAAGAGGAAGAAGAUGUGUUCGUAGUGGCUCAGAGGAAAAUUAUCUUUUUUAUAGCAUGGUUUAUGUUGUCUUAACUUCAUGUUUUUAUAAAAAAAAUAAAAAGUAACAAAAAAGCACAUGAUCAUUUUGAUGUAUUUGGUUUAAACUUACUGUCUUGUUUUGACUUAUUUUACAAUAUAAACAUGAUGUUUUUCAGAUAUAUUUUAAAGGGCAUUAUGUGAUGUCAGUGUUUAUUUGAAUUCCUUUUGAUAACUUAAGAAUUAUCUCAAGUGGACAGUUACACACAGUGGACAGGGCAGAGUCACACUGUAGUUAUCUGUAAAUUGCACAAAGCAGAUGUUUUUGACUGAGCUCUAAGAGACACUUUGGAAUCUAAUGGCCUCAGAACUUCCUGAUAGUCUAAAGUUAGGAAUGCAGCCAGAGAGAGGAAACUGAGUCUUCCUGUUUAAACUGCAGAGACAGAGUGCAAAAUUUCCCUCAUUCAGCCUUUAAGCUUUGUGGAAUUUUUUUAAAAUGAGUUUGAAACAAUGCUAAACUAGGAAUAAAACAUAAAUCACCAUGGUGUAAAAAGCAGAAUACAUUUAUUGUAUGAAUUCUGUUGAACAUAAUAUGCCAGUGCCCUUUAUAAUAAUGGUGUAUGAUAAUAAUCAGUGUUUAUUUGUGUAUCUUCAAAAUAAAUCAAAAUUUCAGUGUUGAUAUUUGACAGUUAUCCAAGAUAGAACUAAGUUCAGCAUAAAUGUCUAGCCAGUCACGGGACAACUCCAUUUGCUCUCAUGUUUUUCACUUCCUUUUCCUCUCUCUUCAAUUUCAGGGACAAGUCUCAAUAGUUUUAUGCACAACACAAAAUCAUGCCCCUCUUUUAAAAUAAUCAUAAGCAUAAAUGAUCAUUAUGUAAUGAAAAGUUGAACAAAGCGUUGACAUUUUACGUUAUCUUAUAUCAAGGCAUUAAAAUGGGUAUGAAGCCAGAAAACUGAGGGAAGCUGGUUUGUUUGUA